UGUAAAAGCUGAUUUGGUGUCAGAUUGAAAAUAUCACCUGAAAAUAAAUUGUUUAUUUUUUGUUUGACGAUUUAUAUAGUUCAAAAUGUGUGAAUUACUUAUUGAGCACUAAUUUCCAGACAAAUUAACUUGCAAGUAUUUCUAAAUGUGAUUUCUUCAUUCAUUCCACAUUCAAUCAAUUCUAGUACAAUUUCAUUGCGCAAUUUAAAAUUUUAAGAAAUGUCAAAUAAAAAUAAAACCACGCCCAGUACAAGUAAACUAAUCGUUAGUGGAGAAGAUCUUGAGUCCGAGGAUGAAAUUGACUUGGAACCGAGAAAUCCAGUAAUUGCAGUAACCGAUGCGGAUGGGAGAUCAUCCUCUGGGGUCAAAGUGGUCACUUUUCAAGGGGAAGCUCCAGAAUCUGAUUAUGAAGAUUUUGGGAGCACCAUUAGUCUUGAUUCUGCAAAUUCUAUGGAGUUGGACGAGCUAGAUCCAGAUGUGGCUACAGUAUUAGCCCUGGCGCCGAUUCUCCCCCAGCGAAGAUCUCCUCGGUUAGAUCCAGUUGUCGCGAGAAAACAUCGCGAAAAAAAUAAGUCACUGAGGACAAACAUUACGGACAAAUUCCUUCUCCCUGUGAUUCUCCAAAGUGCAAAAAAGUUUGAGAAAUUAUCGCAUAAUUUGUCAAAUUCGCAAAUGCAGAUGCAAGAAGCUCUCUUUCAAUCUCGAAUCGCAACAGGGAAUCUCCUAAGAUUGCAAAAAGACUUGGACAAUUUUUUGGAAGUCGAUUAUCUCAAGGAAUUAAAAAUUCUUCCUUCCGAUGAAGUUACACCGAUGCUCGGAACCAGCUCAGUUUCACCACCACAAAGUCAAAAAAAUUCCAAAAAAUCCGACAAACCUUUGAACACUAGUGAUUCACUACUUUCCGCUGCCUUAUCGGGUGGUGCCCACUUAAUCUAACUUCACAGUCUGACAUAUAUUCCAAUAUAUAUUUAUUAUUAUAUCUUCAACUCUAUCUAUGCAUAUAUAUGCAAACUAGUCUAAACAUUCCAUUCGUUUAAAAAUAUUUAAAUUUCUGCAGUAAAAUGACUUUUAAUGCCGUCGUUUACAUGCAGAUCCUGACAAAAAUGCAAUAAAUUACGAUAUCCUCACCUCCAAUGCAAAA